CAGUUUUUAGAAGUAACCGCACACAUACCGUUAGCAGACAAAAUCCACGUGUCACUCUCCUGUACGUCCAUAUCAGCGAUUUCAGUACUCUCCAUUCUACACUCACUCCUCACGUUACCUUCGCUUUAUCUUCCCCACCAACCCCACUUUCUCACUCCUCUCUUUCUCUCUCUAGACUUGACUUAGGGUUUAAUUUUCCCCAAUCCGAGUAAUCUGACUCAAACUCCUGUCAACCAUGGGUUCGCUGCCCGAUCCAGGCGAGUUGACUCAUCCUCCUCCCCCGCCGCCGAGUUUCGACGAUUUCCAGCGCCAGACGUCGCUUAUGACAACCUGCACACUCCUCUGGAAAGAGCUCUCCGACCACUUCACCACCCUCGAGCAGGAUCUCAUCAAGAAAUCCGAUGCCCUCAAGGCCAAGUUCCAGGCCCUCAACAACGAGACCCAGCAGUCUCUGCAGGCCCUCGACUCCCGCGAGUCCUCCAUUUCCAAAUCCAUGUCCAUCGCCUUCGAGGCGCUCGAGAAGUCGACCAAGGCGUCCUUCGCCGUCGCUGCCCGGGACGCCGCCGGGGAGCCGGAGGUUGACGACUCGGAGGGCCUGCUGAUGAAACUGAAGAGCUUCUGCCACCGGAUGGCGGCGCGCGAGUUCUGGAUCUUCGUGACCUCCCGUAAAAAGGAGAUCGAGUCUUUCAGAUCGGAGCUGCCGAAGGCUCUGGCCGACUGCGUGGAUCCCCCGAGGUUCGUUCUCGAGGCCAUCUCGGAGGUUUUUCCGGUGGCGGCGAGCAACAGUGGCUGCGAUUUGGGGUGGGCGUGCGUGCUGCUGCUGGAAUCCCUGAUUCCGGCGAUCGUAGAUCCGGUGCUGGGGAAGGAAAGGAUGCUGGUGACGCCGAGCAUCAAAGGGAAGGCGGAGGAGAUAGCUGAGACGUGGAAGAGGAGCCUGGACGAGAGGGGUGGGAUCGAGAAUGUCAAGACGCCCGAUGUUCAUACUUUUCUACAGCAUCUGGUGACCUUUGGGAUUGUGAAGGAGGAAGAUGUGGACUUGUACAAAAAGCUCGUGGUGGCUUCUGCCUGGAGGAAGCAGAUGCCCAAGCUCGCUGUUUCUCUUGGUCUCAGGGAUAAGAUGCCCGUGAGUGAUUACCUUGUGGUGAGUAAAAGGAAGAAAACCGAAAGCCGGAUGCUGGCCAAUUUGCGUGUGGUGUUAGCCUCAAACAGAAAUGUGGUGUCUCAGUACCUUGUGCCUAACUGUGCAGAUAUGAUUGAGGAGUUAAUUGGAAGGGGACAACAGGUUGAUGCUGUGCAUUUUACAUAUGAAGUUGGCCUUGCCGACAAAUUCCCACCUGUUCCCCUGCUGAAAGCUUUUCUGAAAGAUGCAAAGAAGGCGGCUACAUCCAUUUUGGGGGAUCCCAACAGUUCGGGCCGUGCUGCGCACAUGGCCGCCAAGAAGGAGCAAUCUGCCAUCAAGGCCGUCCUCAAGUGCAUCGAGGAAUACAAGCUGGAGUCCGAGUUCCCUCCCAAGACCCUGAAGAAAUGCCUUGAGCAGCUCGAGAAGGCCAAGAUCGAGAAGAAGAGGCCCGCCAGCCCAGCAACCAAACGUACGCGGGCCAGCAACGGGGGCCCGAUGCCUCCAGCAAAGGCUGGCCGCUCAACCAAUGCCUACGUUUCGUCCUUCCCAUCUCCCCCGACAUAUAUCAGGUCUCCUUCCCACACUCAAUACCCUUCCCCAGUCCCAGCUUACCCUGCUGUGCCAGCUGUCUAUAACAGGAGCCCACCAUUCGCCGCCUAUUCACCAGAGGCUCCUGCACCUGCAAUCGUUGGAUCAUACCCAGUUUCGCCUGUGAACUUCCCGGCUUAUGGGAUGCCGCCCGCUUACCAGCAAGCUUACUACUGAUCGACGUGACUGGGGCCCACUCGGAGGUGAAAGGUGAUUGCUAAUGAUAAUUGUGACGACAAAAAUCCAAAAAGAAAUUUGUCAUUUUAAUGUGUCUGUUGUAAUCCACUAACCUUUGAUGGUAGUAGCUUUUGUGUUUGUCUGUGUGUUUUAAUUUGUUUGACCUUGACAAGGGGCAGGCUGUAUUUUUCUGAUGGUUGAUGAAAAAACUUGUAGUUGUACUAGGUGGUGUGAAAAAAGUAAUUUAAAAAAAAGACGGUAACGUAGACUCUUCUAUACUAAUACUUGGUAAUCAGUAUUGGUGGGCUAUUUAGCAUUAUUUUUAUGCGUUGUUAAAAAGUCCACACGCAUGUGGUGAUCUUCGGGCAUGAUUCGUUUAUGCUGAAUGGACAAGGUGAAUAGAUGCAUGUACUGUAUUACCUGUUUAGUCAAUUGUUUGUUGAAAAUCUGUGCUUCUAGCUGUUUGCAAAUUGCUCAGUAAUGGUGAUCUUUUUGUUGUGGGGAUCUGUAAGGAAUCCUUAUUAUC